CACACAUUAACUUGUUAAUAUCUGACAAUCCAUCCGCUCGCAAUGGCAGGCUUCAAUCCUUUCGAACAGAACAUCACCUUCAUCACCAGCGACGGCACUCCGUUUAACAUCACCAUGGUUGACUUGGACGGCUAUAUCCAGUUCGGAAUCACCUCAUGCAUCGACUAUGGCUCCGAGCUUGGCGCCACGGUUGUCAUUUUUGUCCUGAUGCUCCUAUUGACCAAAUCCAAGAAGCGUCGCUCUGCUGUCUUCGGCCUGAACAUGGCUGCUUUAUUCCUGAAUACCGCUCGGCUUAUCUGCGAGAUUCUAUAUUUCACUGGGGCUUUCUUCGAAACUUAUGCUUAUUUCUCCGGAGAUUUCAGCCGCGUAAAACCUAGCAAUUACGCAAACACCGUGCUGGGAACAGUGUUGCUCGCACUGUUACAGGUCUGCACUGAGUGCUCUCUUGUGCUACAAGCAAUGGUGGUCUGCGUAAACCUUCCGAAACUGUCUAAAAUUCUCUUGCAAAGUAUUCUAAACGCGAAAUACACGCUCGAACAGAGAGAUUUCAGCGACUAUGUCUGGCUUGAAAAAGCAAACACUAUCCUUUUGACAAUUAGUAUCUGCUUCUUCAGUGCCGUUUUCAUGUGCAAGCUUGCCUAUUCGAUUUGGCGACGUCGGCAGCUAGGAAUUCGCCAAUUCGGGCCCAUGCAGGUGCUGUUUAUCAUGAGUUGUCAGACCAUGCUCGUACCAGCAAUAUUCGCAAUCCUUCAGUUCACUACAGAUAUUCCUGGGAUCAAUUCUAAUGUCAGCACCUUCGUUGUCAUCUCACUACCAGUGACAUCCCUCUGGGCUGGCUCGGCACUGCCAGGACAACCCAAAUCUCGUGCUAACAGCGAAUCCGGCCGACCUCUGUGGAACGUGAUCUCAUCAUCGACACCAGCACGCUCUGGCGAGAACAGUUUCGGGUCCUCGCGCGGCUUCACAUUACCUCUGACCACUGGAGCGAGGGCUGAUGUUGACCUUAUUUAUCGGGAUUUGGAGGAUGGGAAAACCACGUUUGGUCCUCCUCGUGAUUCUGGGAUUCACUGAUGGCUCCUUCGCUGUUGAUGGCUGGAGCCCUUCGAAAUCAACGAUUGAACAAUUCAAUUCGAUUUGAUUUUCUAGGAAUCCUCAUAGUUUUAAUUUGACACAAGUGUACACACCUACAUAUGUAGAUGACUGGAACUUGCAGCAUUUAGAACACUGUAGCUGCACUUCACAAGCUAGGGUUUAGGGUUAUUUACUGCUGGAAGGACAUGGACUGUGCAAAGUACGUCACCCAUGGUGGGAAAUAUAUAGAAACAUAUCACAG